AUGGUUGCAAUAAUAACGGAGAGCGGCGUCGCUACAGGCAGUUAUGAUCGUGUGGAUAAAGGCACACCCACAGAGCGGUUGAUGUGGGUGGCCCCAAGUAGAAUGCGUUCCGACCUUCUAAAGCUUUCCCACAACGACCCUAGCUCCGGGCAUAUGGGAGUUAAUCGUUGCGUUGAGCGUCUGCAACAACAAUAUUACUGGCCUGGAAUGGCCUCAGAAAUGCAACUGUGGAUCGCAGAAUGUGAAAUGUGCGACCGCCACAAGUCUCCAGUGUCACCCCGUAAAUCACCCAUGAAAAGCAUAGAGGUUGGUCACCCAAUAGAAUUAUGGGCAAUGGAUAUCUUGGGGCCACUUCCUCUAACCUCACGGGGAAAUCAAUACAUCUUUGUGAUGUCUGAUUACUUUACCAAGUGGGUAGAGGCGGUGCCGCUAGCUUACCAAAGAGCCGAUACCGUAGCGAAAGCUUUUGUUGACGAAGUCGUGACUCGACUCGGUGUUCCUCGUAAAAUUCUAGCAGAUCAUGGGAGGAACUUCGAAGCAGAGCUCAUGCGGCAGGUGUUCCAUUUUCUUGGGUGGAAAAAUUGCGAAUUUCGCCAUAUCAUCCACAAACUGAUGGGCAGGUCGAAAGAUUAAACCGGACCUUGAAGGGAAUCCUCACCGCGUACGUGAAUAAAGACCACACUGUUUGGGACGUUUAUUUACCUCUCGCCUUGUUUGCAUGCCGCAGCAGCCUACAUUCAUCGUCAGGCCAGUCUCACCAUUUAGAGCGCUUUGCAAUCGUGAAGCCAGCACAACAUUAGUGCUGAUGGGCACCUAGACAGAGGCAAAGGAACAGUUUAUCUCGAACUACUUUGAUGCGUUUGAGAAGUCCCUGAAAGACGUGCAACGUUUGGUGAAAGAAAUGAUUAGCGAGGCACAGAAGAAGCAGAAAAAGGGAUACGAUUACCGCAACAACAUUGACAAAAGCACGCUGUUUAAG